GCAGAAGAAGAAGACGAGGCAGAAGAAGAUCAACAAGAUCAGCAACAACCAGAAACAGAUCAUUUAAGGUACAGACAGGUUACAGUCCAGAGACUGUCCCUGGAAAACAAAAAGUGAUCCCCGCUCACUUGGUCGUAAUGUUAGCCUCUGGCUGACCUGCUCAGUGACAUAAUGGAUGACAACGAACUGGGUGCUGUGGCCAUGGAAUCAGAUAGCUCUUCCCUUGGGGAUGCAGUGUCUGGUAGAGGACAACAGAUUGUGUCAAAUGAAGAGGAAGAUCUCUACUACAUCCCAGAGAGAAGACCAUCUCUGGACCUGGGACAAUGGUCAACAAGUGCAAUGGAUACCAGCCGCUGGCAUUAUGUGGACCGGGCCCGAUCUCCAGUUCUAAGCUAUACGUCACAGGCAACUGAGGAAAGCUCAAUAGAAAUGGAUGAUGAAUCAUCCACAAGGAUUCAGCUGGAAAGAUCAGAUUCGUUCUCUAGCUGCUACUCCUUCAACAGUGACGAUAUUGAACAGAUAAUCAAAGCUGAAAUCAAAGAUGAUAUUGUCUCAGAACCUUUUGUCACACCUGAGGCAAUCCAAACCCAGAGUGAGAUCAGGCACCCUUCUCUGACGGUGGAAUUCACUUUCAAGGCCAUCUGUGGUACCCUUAGGAAGUUGUCAGAGGUAGCUGUCAAGACAUUCAAGACGAUGCUGUGGAAGCAUUACCCACAGUCAUUCAACACUCCUCCCCAAGACAUGGACAUACUGGACCUUGUGGACUGGCUGCUCGAGAGUUACAGCCUGGAAGUGUCUUUGCAGAUAACCAAAAUCAUUCUUGGGGAGAUGGGGCAAAAAAAGAUGGUUGAUGAUCUCCAGACUUUGUGUCUCCGAAAUGAAGUACGACAUGAUUUAUGUGAGACUCUGAAGAGGAUAUAUGGUGAAGUAUGUGAGGAUAUGGCCUUGCCGGAAGAGAAGAUUCCCUUUGACGACGUCUUUACUGACCUCAACAUAACCUCCACAUGUGAUAACGGCCCAAAUAUUGAACAUGAGGUCAUGACCAUAAAAAAACUGGACAGCAACCGGGAAGCAGGGAUGCGUCUUUCUACCAAGGAUAUUUUAACCUCUGAAAGGCUGAAGGACUCCAACACAAAGUUGCAGUUGAUGACUGGAGUGGCAGGGUCGGGGAAAUCAAUGGCGGUCAGAAGGUUAGUCCUGGAUUGGAUUGAAGGGCGUUCCCACCAAGACGUGUCUUUUUUGUUUCCUCUGCUGUUCAGAGAACUCAAACAGUUUGAGGAUUCCACAGCCUCCUUUUUGGAAAUAAUACAAAAACUCUACCCAGAAUCUAAAAAGCUGAGAGAUGAGGAUUAUAGAUGCGAGGACUGCAAAAUAAUGUUUGUCUUUGACGGCCUUGACGAGUACAAUGGGACGCUCGACUUUGAAAACACUAUGCUUCUCAGCGACCACACAGAACCCACCACCCUGAACGUCAUUGUGGUCAACCUCCUCAGAGGGAGGCUGCUCUACCGCGGCCUCUUCCUGGUCACCUCUCGGCCACAGGUGAAACCCUGCAUCCCCUGGGACACGCACUAUGAUGAGAUCGAAGUUCGUGGAUUCUGUGACCAUGAAAAGGAGGAUUACUUUAAGAAGAGAUUUAAAGACCCGGAUCAAGCAGCCCGAGUUAUUGCAUAUGUCAACUCUUUCAGAACCCUCUGUAUCAUGUGCCACCUGCCCUUGUUCUGCUCACUGGUUGCUGAUGAGUGCUCUCGCAUUUUUAGAGAACAGGGGACGGGGGCAGAGCUGCCCAGGAGCAUCACGUCCCUGUACACAAAGCUAGUGCGAGUGCUCACACGCCAGCAUCGCAUAUUAAGAGCUCCAGAUUUGAGCCUGGAUGAAGAGAGAGACUUCCUUAUGAAACUUGGAGAGUUGGCCUUCAACAUGUUAGAAGAAGGCCAGUUCAAAAUCACCAGUUCCGACUGGAAAAAAACUGGAAUCGACAACAAGGAGGCGGUGAUUAACAGUGGCCUGUGCACACAAUAUGUCACAAAGCCAUACAUCUUGUUUCAUGAGAAUGUCUUGAGCUUUAUCCACCCCACCGUGCAGGAGUACCUGGCGGCCCUGUAUGUGUUUCUCUCCUUUAGAAACCAGGGAAGGAACGUUUUUGAGCAACAACCGAGAGGCAUGCUCAAGAUGUUCAAGGUACAGAAAGUCAUGGAGCUGUACAAGAGCGCUGUGGACAGAAGCGUGCUCUGCGAAGACGGCAAACUGGACAUUUUCCUACGUUUCCUUUUCGGGAUGGUGCACGAAACCAACGUGGAGCUCCUACAGCCACUCUACACGUCCUCUGUAAAGUGGCCAACAGUGAUUGAAGAUGCUGCCACCCUCAUCAGGAAGAGGAUCAGAGGAAAUCAUCAUCCUGGCAGAAAUGACAAUUUGCAGCACUGCUUGGAGGAGCUGGGUGUAUGUUAGCAUCAGAGGCAGUAUCCUAAUAAUCACUGCACAAAAUCAGCACACAAAAUAUGUUGCAACUUACUCAACAGAUUCCCGUUGGAAAAAAACUGAGGAGGAAGAAUGUUUCUCUUCAACCAACAUAUGCACUAAUGGAGUUAAAAGAUUUAAGAGCCAAAUGUACAACAACUAUUCAUCAGUGUUGUAAAUACAAGUAGACGUUCGAGCCUUUCCAUGGACACAUGCAUCUGUUUACAAGCUGAUGGAUAAGGAACCAGCAACCUCAGAACCAUGACAACUGACAAAGUAGAGUAAUGUAACUUGAAAGUAUAGGAGCAGAGAAGCAUACUCUGCAUGAGUGUUGUAUAAAGGCUACUAUAUACAUUAUAUUUGUCCUGCCUGAGUUUCAUCAUCAUACAUUUUUACAUUUAAACAACAUGAAGUUAUCUAACUUGGUGUUUCAUUGUAGAGCUGUGUGCAGCGCUCUUUGUUCCACUGUUACUCACUCUCUUUUUCUCUCACACUAUCAUUGACCAUCACCUGCAUCGGAACAAAUCCAGCAAGAGACGCAGUUCUUCAUAUUAUGUUUGUGUGCCAUGGAAAUUAUAUUAAAACGUUUUUUGAAAGUGAAAAAAAA